AUGUGCAAAUCAUGCAGGUUUCCUGGGGUUGCUCCUCAAGAAGUCCGACAUGAUAAGCCUACUUCGUUCUCAGCAUCAAAAGACGACCCGGCAAAAGAACAAGUCAUCAACACUCCUCCAACGACUUUCCAGUCUUGGUUAUUUGGUGUACUCAGCGGAGGCCAGGAUUCCUGGAUCAUGAACUACAUGAACUCGGAAUUCUAUGACAUGGCCCGAAAUGCCAUCAAAGAGCGCACUGGAGGUCGAGAUGUCCAGAUCCUGAUCAUGACAUGUGCCGCUCUCAAUGCUGCUCGUGUACAGCUUCCAGUCAUACUAAGCGCGCUUUUGAAUCAGGUAAAGCCACAGGUCACUAGUUCUAUUACCAUCAGUGGUUAUGACAGCGUACUUUGUGGCGGGUUGCUGACUCUAGCGCGCGAAAAGGCUGAAGAAAGUCGGAAGCUUCGACGCUUUCGCGGAGAGCAUCAACUCCGUGCGGUCACAGGCGAGCUUUCGCUUGUUGCUGGAAAGACAGAAGGCUGGUUUUUGCACAAAGGCAGGCAGUUCAUGCUCGAGAUUCAGCGAUCUGGCACUGCGGACAAAUCAGAGCUCGAACGGUUGCGCACUAAUGACUUCUUCACGAGCCUUCCCGAUCCCACAGGAUCCAUCACCGUUCGAUGUUGGGGACACAGUCGACAGCCUAUCACAGAGCUGUUUGAGGAUGUCCAAAAACAGGUUUUGGAAAGCACAAAAUUGACCGUAGUCGAAAUGGGAGCGCAUGGAGACAAGAAGUCCCAGCGCAACAAGCGUCCUCUUUCCUCUAUAGAUCUUGACCCAAAGAUGAUGCAGGACAUUACUCAAGACAUAGAGAUGUUCUUCCAUAAAGACUCCCAAGCUUGGUAUGAGAACAGCGGUCGGCCCUACCGACAUGGUUACCUUUUCGCAGGCCCACCAGGUACUGGUAAAUCGUCGCUGUUGGCUGGGAUUGCCUCGCACAUGAAUGUGCCCCUGUAUAUCAUCAACUUACAAGGUAUGGAUGACUAUGAUCUAAGGGCAGCUUUUAGUCGAGUCCCUUUCCGGAGCUGCAUUGGCCUUGAGGACAUCGAUUGCGUCGGUGUCGAUGUUGGUAACCGAGGCGCACAAAUUUCAGAUACGCAACUCCAGACCAAGUCUCAGUCGUCAGGUUCUGGGGACACUGAAGAGAAGCCCGAAAUGAAUGCACUGGAGAACAUGCUGGCACAAUUCAUGGAAAAACAAAGUGUCGCAAACUACAGGGUGCUCGACCAAGUCAAAGCUAUAAAGGCGGCUACUCUGGAAGUCCUAGGUGAGCCUGAAGACUUCGCUAACGCGACCGAUCCAAAGAAUACAACGAAGCCCUCUGAAACCACGGAUUUCACACCCAAAUCAGUAACCCUUUCGGGCUUGCUUAAUGUCAUUGAUGGUGUCAAUGCCACCGAAGGGAGAAUAAUCAUCAUGACAACAAACCAUCCAGAAAAGCUUGAUCCAGCACUGUAUCGCGCUGGUCGUGUUGAGCGCAAGUUCGACAUCUCUUACGCAAGCAAAGCCAGCUCAAUCAUGACCUUCAAGCGCCUCUUCGACAACGACGUCUGCAAACGAUACACCUCAGAGGCUAUCCAUCGUUUUGCUUUAGCCUUUCAGGCCCAGUUCCCGAGCAAGUCCCGCAUCACUACUGCGGAGCUUGCCAAAUACUGCGGUCAGUAUCGUGGAAGACCGGAUAUUGCUGUCCGCGAAUUUGCUGACUGGUUACAACGUGGGGCGGAGAAGUUCUCAUGUCCUGUUGACUACGCUAAUCUGAUUGAUGAGGAGGGUAUCUACAACGUUCCAGAGUCCUUUGAUGAUGGGCUCCUACAGAUUAGCGCACAUGAUCUGGUUGAUCCUGUUGCGGCUGUAGCAUCAGGCAUCGAGGUUGCUGACGGGGUACAAGGAAAUGACCGAAAGUCGGGAUUCUGGAACCCUUUCAAAGCUAUCAAUACUUUGCUUUUGGACUCUGGAAACCACACUGACCUUGAGUCUGUUGAGGCUUCACUAGCAGGCGUCGCCUAUACAGAGCAUACUAUCGAGCUUCCAGCUGACCCAUUGCAUACCCGAUCACUCCUAGAGCUACCGCACACCGACACUGAAACAUGUCAUAUCGGAGAGCCCUUCCCGGAGCCCCUCGCGUUCGGUAUAACAUUCGACCCUCUAGAUCUGUCGCUUGACGGUCGGAACGCACAAAUCUCCGAAAACCGCAUCGGCCCUGGUCUCGCGACGCCACCGCUGGGAUACUCGUCGGCACUUUGCCCCUCACCAAUAUACGACUUAUCUCCAGAGUACGAAGACAGUGAGUGUAGUGAUGAUACUGAGCCUCUGCUCAAGAGCUAUGUCUCGACUGUUGAGGCUUCCUCAGUUUCGUCAAACGAGUCGGCCUGGGAUGAGGCGCAUCAUAAUCAGGCUAGUCCUAUUCGCUCGGUGGCCUCAGUUAAGUUCUCGGAGCCAGGGAAAUUGGCGCUAGCAUCGCCUCGCCCCAUCGUUACAGACUCCCUUGCGUCUGAACACGAGCGCCAUGAUUCUGCUGUCGAAGACUCUGAUACUGACGAGUUCGACACUGCAGAAGAGUAG